AUGGAGAAACUUUAAAAUUAUUUAACAAACCUCUACACUAAGAAUUAGCAAUUGUUCAGUAAUUCCAACUAAGACCCUUUGAAGAUCCAAUCUAUUUAGAUGACAAUCAAUAGCAACUCAAAGAUUGAUUUUUAAUUUAAUCAGCAAAGCGAACCUAAUUCUAGGAGAUUAGACUUCAGAGGAAGAAGUAAUUCGCCAAAUAGAUCUAAUUAAGGAAAGUUGAACUCUAACCAAAAUAGAGUCUAGGAAGUAAAUUAGAAUCAUGAUGAUGACUACAAGUACUUUAUCAGCACGAAGGUAGUAAUGCUUGGAGAAAGCAGUGUUGGCAAAUCCUCUUUAGUUUAGUAAUUUAUGCUCAACAGAUUUAUGCCAGGAUUUCAGGAGCCAACAGUAUCACCUCACUUUGUAAAGAAAAUACAGACAAUUUAUAAGUUGGGACAGUAGAAGGUUUAGUUUAAUAUCUGGGAUACUGCUGGCUAAGAAAAAUAUAGAUGCCUUACUACAAUGUACUUCAGAGAUGCUAAUGUAGCCAUUAUAGUAUAUGAUGUGACUAAUAAAUAAUCUUUGGAAUGUGUGGAUUACUGGGUGGAUGAAGUUAACAGGUCUAAUGCAAAUGACUAUUUUAUUGUUCUUGUGGGAAAUAAAUGUGACCUAAGGAAGUUUAGAUAAGUAACGAUGGAAGAGGGAUAAGCGAAGGCUAAAUAAAUAGGUGCAUAAAUUUACUAUGAAUGUAGUGCUUCUAAUGAAAAAUCAGUUCAGAAUCUGUUCCAAGAAAUUGGUAUUUAUCUUUAUAAACUUUAAGAAGAAUAUGAUGUCAUUAUACCUGAGGAGCAUCUGGACAUAGAUGAAUAACUUUUAUCAAAGAGAAUUGACUUUAGAAUGAACAAAUUCAAGGCCAAAACACUUAUAAAAAAGAAUUCCAUCAAAAUAAACUCAAUAAAUCAUAGUAAAAAACACAGUCAAUCAGACGUCUUAACUAAUGAUCAUAGUUUUAUUGAAGUAGAUAAAGAAUAGUAGAGUAAAUGCUGUAAUUGA